GUACUUAUGAUCUCAGCUCAAGAACCACAAGUGAAAUUUCCAUUCCAUACUUUUGCGAUUCCUCCAGAUAUGGCGUGGUUAAAAUGCGCUGAAAAUCCAAAAAUGGCGAGCUACAUUAUAAAAUUAACCAGCCAAAAUGAAGAUUUAGAUCCGACUUUUUAUGGCGGCGAUUUCUAUAAAUUGAAAUUAACUUCUCAAGAAAAAUAUGGAUUUUAUGCUAUGGUGGCUAAUGAUACAGCAUCUAUUGUAAUAUCAAAAUGUGGAACACUCAAUAAUGGUGAACUUACAAAUCUCUCAACUGGUUGCGCGAGAGAAUUUCUAAUUCCAUAUCCUGGACAAUGGUGCUUACUGAUUGCUAACCCAACCAAAGUAGCUCAAGCAGUCAAUGUUCUUAUUUCGUUUACUCAAAGUGUGUUUGUAGAAGGUACAUACCGAACAGAUUCUAGUGUAAACUCAGAUCUCACCUUAGGGACGAGUAGUCUAACUGGCGUCUUUGAUAACAACAACAAAAGGAGAAAUAUUAAAGCGUAG